AUGGAAUCGGCGAUAGAAUCCCAGUUCCGCCCCGGCCACGUCAACGGCCGCACAAAGCCGCCGUCCAAGGUCGCCGCGCACGGGGCAAUUGAAGAGUUGCUGUCACGCCAGAACGACAAUGAGACAUCGCGCGGAGGACUGUUCGGGGACGACGAGGACGACGACACCGAGUCGCAGACCGGAUCCUCCGUCACGAGCCCGUCGGUGACGUCGCCCCCGUACUGGCUCGGCCACCACCAGCGCUCCGCGUCCAACAUGUCGGCCGAGUCGGUCCUCCCCGACGGCGCAAUCACCAUGCACGACAACGAAGCGAGCGAUGUCGACGGCCGCAACCGGGCCUGCUGGGCCAAGAGCGUCGAGAUCACCGACUACGUGGUGGUGAACGGCAGCGCGACCAACAUUGGGGCGUUUGUCGUUUGGAACAUCAGGGUAGAAACGCUGCAGGGGAGCUACAUGAACAUCCGCAAGCGAUAUUCCGAGUUCGACGACCUUCGCGAGAGACUGGUCAAGACGUUUCCCAACUUCGAGGCGGCUGUGCCUCCUCUACCUCCCAAGAGCGUGAUAUCUAAAUUCCGGCCGAGAUUCCUCGACAAGAGGAGAUCAGGUCUCCAAUACUUUCUCAAUUGUAUAAUGUUGAAUCCCGAGUUCUCCAGCUCGCCAGUGCUCAAAGACUUUCUUUUCUCGUAA